AUGCUCAAGAAAGUAAAGCUUUUGGGCCAUAUGUACACUUUUACUACUCCUACUUUUGACAGUCUACCGAAUCUCCAAUAUAAUCUAGAAAAGCUCAACUACAAAGAUCUCAGGAAGCUAAUGGGAUGGUUGACGCCAAGUUGUAAGGAAAUACUAUUCAAGUGUUUAUGGGCCAAUAAAGCAGUGAAUUGUACCGAAUAUUUCAAAGCGAUGGUAACUUUUCAAGGGUAUUGCUGCCUAUUUAACUACCUAAAAAUCACGAGCAAUGCUACCGAAAUGACCGAUUUGAAACUCAGCAAAAAAGUUCUAUACCAAAAAACUAUCGGCGCAAGAAACGGUCUGACUGUCGUCAUAAGAAAUAACAUCGAUGACUACUUUUUUAACAACAUACCUACAUUCGGUGCAAAUGUUUAUAUUUUUGAAGCCAACAAUUAUCCUGAUGCCAGUACAGGAAGUACUGGAAGUGUAAUGGUGGAAAAUGGUACUGAAACCUUCGUCGAUGUUGUACCUAAGAUAGUUCGGGCUAAUAAAGCGAUUAUGAAAUACUCAGAAAAAGCACGCUCCUGUAUUUUUUCUAAAGAACGAGUAGGAGUAUUCGGAGAUUCUUCCUCGGGUGAUUGCUUAGUAGGAUGCAAAGCCGAAAAAAUGAAAAAGCUGUGCCAUUGUGUACCAUUUCAAAUUCCCCUUAAAAGCAGUCUUGUGUGCAAUCUUAUGGAUUUAAACUGUUUAUCCCGACACAAAGGUAAGUCUAUGUCUAUUGUUUAUAACCGUUUUUUGCUUGUUCUUGUUCUUAAGAUUUAA